AUGCCCACUGCAAGCCAAGCAAUGAUUUUGAAGACGGCGGAGGGGUCCGAUCACAUCAUUUCAAGACGUCUUUGUUCGUCAAUGUCUCACUUGAAACCAGCUAAAUCUGAAGGUAUGAAUAAACCGCCACCACAAACAGCUGGAAGUAUGCCUACAUUCCAAAAGGGCAAACCAGGUCCAAGGGCAUGUCCAGGGACUACACCACAGCAAAUUAUCCUUCAGGGUUACAGAGGCAACAUGUUCUUUGAUCAGGAGACCAGACGCUUCCGUUGGCAAAUCAUAUCACAGAAUAACAAUAUUACAGAAGACAUGCUUACCGCGACUUCGAUUGACUGUGAAUUGCCAGAAGAGAAACCUCCACCUCCGCAGAUUAUCAGCAAACCAACAAAGUUACUGUCGCGACGGAGUGACAUGGCUGUCACAAAUACUGCCACAGGCAGUUACACGCCUACUGACAAUCGGAACAUACCCGCUCAGUAUGGUGUAGACGAAAAAUCCUACGGGCGUUUAGAGGAGCUAGGCUUCCGAAGGAGGUUUAUCGCAGCACCGUCAAAAGUGUCUCCGUCAACCAGACCAUCCAAUUCUAUUGUCCCUAAAUAUGAAUCCACAGACAGGACGAGCACUCCCAUCAUGCAACACACAAUAAGGCUCCAUAUACCCCAUGGAAGUACGCCGAACAUUGAGGGGCAACACUCGGACGAUGACGAGUGUGCUGAAGCUCACAGAGUAAGUGCCAAAACCAUAUCGCUUAUUGACGACAUCAAACAGAAGGUUGGGUACGAUAAGCGCAUUUUCCCAACUAUGUAUAUGAGGAAGUCCUUUCCAACGGAACAGCCAUUGUCUUUGUGUUUUAGUCUCCGCGAGGACAACAUUUCACAUGCAUCAGUUAAAAGGUGGGUCGAGAGAGAAACCGGACUCAAAGUAGCUUCAAUCCAAUAUGAUCCAGUGUCAAUCAGGGCUGGGGUGAUGGUCGGUACUGGAAGUCGCUGGAUCGUCACCAUGACAUCACUAGAAGACUGUCGGAAAUUGCUACAGCAAGGACUCGAAGAAAAUGGGGAGAAAGUGAUGGUCCGAUGGCUUGACGAUAUUUGUGUGUGCGAGUUCGACGCUUACAAAAUACACUGCCAGGAACAAAAUCGAACAAAAUUAAGAAAGAUACAGAGAAACCAUAAAUCUGAUGGAAGUUUAAUAAAACAACUUUGA